AUGAACCUCCUUGAUCUGCCCACUGAGGUGCUCAGCAUGAUAGCAGAGGCCCUCCAGAACGCGCGGGACAUCAACACUCUCGCACGGACAAGUCGCGCUCUCUACUCCUGUAUUAACUACGUCCUCUACAAGUCCGAUGUGCUGAAUGAAAAUGGGAAAGCUCUCAUCUGGGCCGCAAAACACAACAAGCCAGCGACCGCCAGGAAGUUACUCCAGGCAGGCGUGAAAAGAUUGAAGCAAUGGCAUCGCAAGCCUCUACUUUCCGCAUUAAAGAACGGCCAUGAAGCCAUGAUGAAACUGUUGUUGGACGAAGGUGUUGAUCCGGACGCCAUACUCUUUGAAGGCUCUCGCAUGGAAACAACUGCCUUAUACAUGGCAGCUAGCAAUGGCCAUGACGCUAUUGUCAAGCUCUUGAUCGAAAUGGGCGCGAAUGUUAAUCUCAAAAACGCUCCUGGGCAACCCUUGCUAAUCGCUGCGUCCAAUAACAGGAAAACUGUGGUCAGAAUUUUACUCGAGAAAGGUGCAGACCCUAACGCCCGGCGACAUGAUAAUGCAACGGCCCUCAACAUUGCAGCGAUGAGGGGAUAA